CUACUUGUCCGUGUGCCUGGCAGUGACUGUCUCGUCUCAGCGAAUUGUUGUUGUGGGCAAGUCGAGGAUACGGGGGUAGGAGUGAAGUCUCGGUCCAACCUUUAUUGCAAUCGGAGUAUUUCUGUCAUUCUUCAGACACCUUUCUCGACGUCUUUUCAGUUUUAAACGCCAUGGACACAGCCAAUCAAGACAUCAACCUGAACUCGCCCAACAAGGGGCUGGGCACCAACGACCUGGCGGCUGACGGCGUGGAGGAGGGUGCAGUGGCUGCUGCCAGGGUGCUGCCCCCUGGCAUGACGGAGGAGGAGGCAGAGGAGCUGCGCACUGAGCUCACCAAGGUGGAGGAGGAGAUUCACACGCUGCGGCAGGUGCUGGCGGCUAAAGAGAAACAUGCAGGGGAGCUGAAGAGGAAGCUUGGCCUCAGCCCUCUCACCGAGCUCAAGCAGAACAUCACCAAGGGCUGGCAGGACGUGCAGACCUCCAAUGCUUAUGUGAAAACAGCAGAGCGCCUCAACGAGUGGAAUGACAGUUUAUAUCUGUCUGCAGCGGCCACCUUCGACGACAUAGCCCAGUCUGAUGCAUAUAAAAAGACUCAGGAAACCCUGUCGGUGGCGGGCCAGAAGACCACGGCAGCCUUCUCCACCAUGGGCACGGCCCUCAGCAGGAAGUUUGGAGACAUGAGAGCUCUGCCUUUCUCCAAUUCUUUUGGUGGCAACUCCAUCCGCCACUCCAUAAGUAUGCCAGCCAUGAGGAAUUCGACAACCUUCAAAUCCUUUGAGGACAAAGUUGGAAACCUCAAGACCAAAGUGGUUGGCGGCCGUGCUAACGGUGAAGAGGUCCAGUCUCCAGAGGCCCAGUCUCCUAGCAACCCCGUACAGGACAACGCCCCCUUCUAGAGAGCCGGCAACGCUACCACCACGCGCACCUCCCCCACUCCUCUCCUCUCUCCUACACCUCCUCCUCUCUUACCUUGCUCCUCCCCUACUCCUCGCCUACCAGACUGUACAGUUGAAUCAUCUCUCUAUCUCACUCUCAGCAGUGAUGCCUCAAGCCGGACAGCCAACCAACCACCUGUGAACUCCCGCUACUGGCACCCAGUCCCCGUCCUCCCCAAAAGCCUUACACCUGACCUUCUCAUAUGUUCUCCACUCCUCUCUCCUCCAAUACCCACCCUCCCUGUCCCGUCCUCCACUCUCCUCCACUACCCCAUCCCCCAAAAAAAGCCUUGCAUCUUUCCUUAGCUGAGCUAAUCACCACUCUGUGACUCUCUGUCCUCCAAUACCACCCCUGCCAGUCCCCUCCCCACCCUCGAAAGCCUCACACCCUAAUCCUCCUCUCUUGUCCAGCCCUCCCAAAAACCCUGCACCUUACCUUACCCCACCUGAACUCUGCCCCUCUCUGUUGUACAGACUCCCAAACCUCCCUGCCACUCUCCGAAACGCUCACACAUGUCCUCACCUGACCACGACUGUGCCCACCUGACUCCCGUCUCUUCUCAAACCCCUCCGCCUGUCCUGAACUUGCCUACUGGCCUCCACCUGUUCUCAGCUGAUGCUCCGUUCUCUCCCCAUCCCCUACCUGCCCUCCCCUUUCUCUCCCCUCUGUCCCCUCUCUCUUCACCUGCCCUCCUCUUUCUCUCCCCUCUGUCUCCUCUCUCUUCACCUGUGCUCUCCUGUCUCCUCUCUCUUCACCUGUGCUCUCCUGUCUCCUCUCUCUUCACCUGUGCUCUCCUGUCUCCUCUCUCUUCACCUGGCCACACCUGUGCUCUCCUGUCCCCCCUUGGCCUUCACGGCAGCAUGUGCUCAUCUUGCCAUCUGAAAACAACUCCAAGCACCCCAACACACCUGUGCUCUCCUCAAGGCAACAUGACAUGGGAUCCACUCAACGCCACACGUGAUGACGACAAGAAAACAUUAAUACACACACACACACACACA